AUGGCCCGCAAUGAAGAGAAAGCACAGUCGAUGUUGUACCGUUUCCGAGAAGCUCAAGCAGCUGAACUUGGCCUCGGCACGCGCGCAGAUCGUCGUCCGAAGAUGGCGAGCGCCUGCAAGAGUCUAAGGGAGUGCGAGCGGUGGAGAGGCGAAAUUCUAAGGGAGCUAAGCCGGAAAGUGUCCAAGAUUCAGGACGCCGGUUUAACUGACUAUGAAGUUCGAGAUGUAAACGACGAGAUUAACAAGUUGAUGCGAGAGAAGCGACAUUGGGAGAACCAGAUUAUUGCGCUGGGAGGUGCCAACUAUCGACGGAAUGUAGCCAUGCUUGAUGAUGAUGGGAAGGAGGUACCCGGAACAAAAGGAUACAAGUAUUUUGGCCGCGCAAAAGAUCUCCCAGGCGUGCGAGAACUUUUCCAGAGCAAAAAGCAAGAGGAAGAGGAAGAAAAUCAAGCACUUGCAUUCUAUAAAAAGUUUACGAAUCAGGGCCCCACAUACUUUGGCGACCUGGACGAAGCAGAUGGAAAGUUGUUGGAGUAUGAGCAUCAAGCAGAGGAAGAAGAAUGGCGAGAUGAAUAUACAAAUGUCCGGGAGACCCUUGACCUCCCUCUUGACGAUCCAAUACCCCCAAUACCUCGUGGAUCAUCUGCAAGCUCAUCACCACUCCCAUCAAACGGGCUCUCUCCACCUCAACCUUCAGUAAAUACUAAACGCAAAACUCAGGAGGAAGAUGUCGAGAUGGACACGGUGAAUGCGGAGGCAGCUGCACCUGACCAGGCAAAACGACUCCGCAAAGCUGAAUCAGAUGGUACAGCGAAGACAGAUGUCAUUCCCUCAAAUGGAGGCGCAGACUCGAUGCGCACACAUGCGAAUGCAGCUGCUGCCUAUCUGGGGUUUUUGUCACCAGAAGAUCUGAUGCCACCGACACUUCCGACAAGCGAGGAAAUGGAGGGCGUGUUACUGGCCCUCAGGAAACAAGCACUGGUGGAGGAGUAUUUUGGGGAGUAG